AUGAAACAAGUCAUCAAAGACCCAGACUUGUUCCGUCUGUUUGAGAAUUGCUUCCCCAACACCCUCGACACAGCCAUAACCUGGAAGGGACUCAGCUGGAGGAAUGCCUCCAGCUAUCUCCCCACAGACAUCAACAGCCCAGACCCAACACCCAAGCCGACAGGAAACAACGACCCAGAAGAAGAACUCACCUUCAUAACCACCGGCGACAUCCCCGCCAUGUGGCUCCGCGACUCAGCCCACCAACUAACCUCCUAUUCCCCCCUCCUCACCCCCUCCAACUCCACCUCCUCCCUCGCCUCCCUCUACCGCGGCCUCAUCAACCUCCAAGCCCGCUACAUCCUCACAGCCCCCCACUGCAACGCCUUCCUCGCCCCCCAGAAUCCCUCAUCCCCCCUCCCCAGCUCCCCCAAAACCAUCCACGAAUGUAAAUACGAACUCGACUCCCUGGCCUCCUUCCUCUCCCUCAUCCACACCUACCUCACCCAAACCUCCGACACCCCCUUCCUCACCACCUCCCUCAACCUCCUCCCCGCCCUCAAGAGAAUCCUCUCCAUCACCACCGACCUCCAAACCGGAACUUACUCCCGCACCGGCACGGUGUCCUACGCCCCCUACCAAUUCCAACGCCUAACCACAACCUCAACCGAAACUCUCCCCAACGCCGGCUCCGGUCCGCCUUUUCACCCUGGUACCAACCUAGUCAGGAGUGCCUUCCGCCCUAGCGAUGACGCGUGUACCUACCAGGGUUUCAUCCCCGGAAACAUGAUGUUCUCCUCCUACCUCUCCCUUCUAUCCCCUUACAUCUCCCCCAUCUCCCCCUCAACAUCCAAAAAAAUAUCCAAGUUGGCGGCGGAGAUCAGAGCCGGGAUAGAGGAUCACGGGAGGAUAGAUCACAGACUGUACGGCAGGAUCUACGCCUACGAAGUCGACGGCUACGGCUCCCACAGCCUGAUGGACGACGCCAACAUCCCCAGUUUACUCUCCGCCCCUUUGCUAGGCGGCUACCUCGACCGAAGAGACGAGACGUACCAGCGGACGAGGAGAUUUGCGCUGAGUAAGAUGAACCCUUACUACAUGUUUGGGCCGGUUUUGAAUGCAACGGGAGGGCCACAUAUCGGUCCGGGGAUGGCAUGGCCCAUGGGUCUCAUCGUCCAGGCUCUCACCAGUGAUGAUGACGAGGAGAUUUACAGCUGUAUCAAACAGCUCCUGUCGUCGACAGACGGGUUGGGUCUCAUGCACGAGAGCGUUAACACUCACAGCGUCAGCGUCUGGACUCGUCACUGGUUUUCCUGGGCGAAUGGGCUGUUUGGUCAGUUGAUUCUUGAUGUCAACAAACGGAAGCCGCAUUUGCUAGCGAGGAGUUAUCAAUAACUUGUACAUAUUUAGAGAGAACCUACACGGAGCCCCCUAUUUAUCUUACCAUCACCCCCCCCCUCCCACCCAACCCUCCACUUAAUAUAGGAUUUAACUAUAUUGCAAAGAAUAAAUAUUUAGAGUUGAAAGGUAUAUAGUAGGCUCCAAACGAUAAUUAAAAGACGAUAAAAGAUGGUUAUGAGGCCUUAAAAGAUAGCUGAAGGGCUCUAAAAGAUAGUUUGAAGGCUAUUCAAAAUAAUUUAAAGGCCCUUGAAGACGAAUCAAACGC